AUGCCUAUCUCUCUUCCUCAGCUCGGGUCUUUUGACCUUUCCAUUGCCUUUAGACUUGUCAAUCUCGUAGUCGGCGUCCUCUUCAUCCUUGGCGGCAUUUCCCAGUUUUUCCCAGUUUCUUUCCAAUCUACAAUUAUUGGAGUCUAUGUCAUUAUCUUUGGUUUAGGUCUCAUCUUACUAGAAUUCCGUGUUCCUCCUUUGACUUACAGCUACGCGUCUUUCCUCUUUUCCUUCGUUGGCCGCGGCAUCUUCUACACCUUCAUUGGUUCCUUGCUGCUUCACGACCACGUCCUCAGAAUCGUUGGGGGGUCCGUCAUCAUUUUCAUUGGUGUUGUUUACAUUCUCCUUGAGUUUGUGGCCAGUAUCCAGAAACCAUACAGCAUGAUUACUCCUAAUGAUGGUGGCUACGAGGAUCACACCGAGACUUUAUAA